AUGCCACCACACCUCAAGCGACAGCUAUAUGGUGAUGAAGGUACUGAAGAUGGAGGCCCGUCCAAAAAGCCCCAGAUGUUGGGUUUCAAUCUUGAAGCCUCGCUAAAUGUCACAUCACUCAACUCGAGAUCAGGUUCUGAAGUAUCGGAUGGUAUGAACGGGAUAUGCUACGGUGGAACAACCGAAGAUAUCUUAUCGGACGAAAUAAUAUGCUAUGGAGCGGUCUGCAACGCUCAAGCCUUAAUCACUCCUCAGAUUGAAUCACCUAAACCUAUUCAGCCGUGGGAUCGUCAUUGUCUAUUACCUGUUGAAUUGGGAAACGGGGCUUGUUACCUACCUACCAAACAGGGUACAAAGCCAAAACAACGACCAGUUCUCGACUGUCAUACAGCCUCGACCUUGACGUUCGUGGGUGAAAAGGUUGUAGGGACAUAUUUCGCUGCCGUCCUGGAAACAAAGCUUCUUCUGAGCCAGGGAAAGAAAUCGAACAGUAAACCAUUACAGGUUGGAAUUACAGUCAAUGUUUACGGCCCGAGAAGCUCGAUGGGUGAAGUUGAUCAAGCCAUAUCCAAGAUUGAAUCUUACUUGCAGCACCCGGUGUUUCUCGAGCCCGACGUCAGCUAUAUCAACCCUCAGUAUUAUUACCCAAGUCCUGAGAAGACCGAUCUGAGACACCUGGUGGGCCCAAUUCGAGAGAAUAUUGCAUCAAAACGUUCCCAAGAUAUCGAAAACGUAAUGGAUCACUUGGAGACGCGAGAGGACAUCUUCAGUCAAGGCUGCAACAUUGCUGUUUUGAGCGAAAUAUUAGACCGCUUUCUCCCACACACGAAGCUAAAAGAGCAUCAGCUUCAAGGUGUGGAGUUUAUCCUAGCGAGAGAAGACGCUGCUUCAAUGAUGCAAAUCCACAAAAAGAUGCUCAUGACUAUUCAUCAUAAUUUGAUGUCGUACGCACAUGUGCCUGGCUGCGGUGGCAUACUUGCAGAUGUCAUGGGGCUUGGCAAGACACUCACCAUGCUCAGCGCAAUCCUUUGUUCUAAAGAACUGACACUGUCUUUGUCCAAGGAUGUUUGCAGUAUUGGUGACGAUUACAAGUCUGCGGCAUCAAAUCUUACGCUCGUUGUUCUACCUUCACGACAGCUACUUGACGUCUGGAAGAACGAGAUUGAUCAGCGGUUUACACCCGAAGCCUUCAGAGUCGCCAUCUUUCACGGGAACACGCGAGUCAAAGACGGACCGCUACUUCUAGAACACGACAUUAUUCUGACAACUUACCAUACACUUGAGAGAGACAGUAGCUCGAAGAAGGUGUUGGGAUCUAUCAAAUGGUCCAGAAUCGUACUUGAUGAAGCACAUCAGAUACGAAACUCAUCUAUUAAGCAGUUUAAAGCAGCAGCCUCACUUGAAAGCGACUCACGGUGGUGCCUUACCGGGACUCCGAUCCAGAACACAUUCGAUGAUCUUCGAUCACUGCUGCAAUUCCUCCGCUUUGAACCUUUCAGCCAAAACAAGGUGUUUGAGGAACAUAUCAUCAAGCCGUUCAGAACGGACUCUGGAGAUGAAUGUGAUACGUCCCAAAACCUCCGAAUCAUGCUUAAAGCGUGCUGCCUUCGGAGAACACAGGCAAAACUUGACCUCCCUAGCACCACUAUGGAGAAGGUUUCUGUGAUGCCUACAGAAGAUGAAAAGGCGUUGUUCAAACGAAUUCUCGAGCAAUGCCGGGAAGAGUUCGACAUAAUAGCUGGCAAGGAUGGUGGCUCAAAGAGAUCGAAUGUGCUGUUCUCGACGAUUAUGAAACUUCGGAGAGUGUGCAAUCAUGGCGUGAUUGCCCUAGACUCUACCAGCACCAAACAAUCAAAUCAGCUGGCCGUACCUAAGAAGCAGCGAGGUGGUUCACGAUCCCCAAGUUCAGAGCCGGCGUGCGUGUACUGCACUGGUAAAGAUAAAGACGAUGAAUUACUCGGUGUAGUGGACAGUUGUCCUUUGUGUGGACGACUUAUAUUUGGAGAGAAUGACGAGACUUUGUCUAUGGCACCGUCGCCACAGUCUUUGGCAUCACCGGCAACGUCUAUGAUGGAUUUAGACACACCGGAACCUACAGCAAGCAUACUUCACAAGUUCCCCGCCAGCGAUGAGCUAAGACAGCAAUCUUCUAAAAUGCCGGCAGUGAUCGACAACAUCAAAACGUCUUGCAUAGAUGUGACUUCGAAGAGUGUCGUGUUUUCCAGCUGGAGGGACACUCUAGAUAUUCUAGCAAAAAUCCUCUUGGCUGAUGGCAUCGAAUUUGUUCAGGUAGAUGGACGCAACCCACUCACCGGCCGAACCGAGUUGCUUUCAAGAUUUCGCCAAGAUGCUAAUGUGCGAGUACUCCUGAUAUCAAUUAACACGGGUGCAGUUGGACUUACUCUCACGGAAGCAAAUAUAGUGCACAUCGUUGAACCCCAGUGGAACCCGACGAUCGAAGACCAAGCCAUUGCAAGAGUUGUCAGAAUGGGACAAACUCGACCGGUGACUGUCUUCAAGUACAUCACAGCAGGUUCUGUGGAGCAUACCGUUGUCAAGCUUCAAGGGAAAAAGACGCGCAUAAUCAAGUUGUCGAUGCAAGACAAAGAUGAUGCUGCUGAUACCAACCUGGAUAACUUCAAGUUUGCCAUUGACCCUAACGAGUGGGGAGCUACUGUGUGA